AUGUCAGCCGCGGCUCAACGCGGGAGUCUGGCGCCUCUACCAGACUAUCAUCGUCGCGGUCUCAUAAUAUUAACCUCAUUUUCUUUCCUCUCUGCAGCAACUACCUCUCUCCUAUGGCUCUUCAUUACAUACAAAUUUUUGUCAUACAGAAGACUAAAAUGGGCCCACACGAGACGAGAAAAAGAACUGAGAGGGAACUAUUCCACGAUUGGCCUACCCGACCUUACUCUUGGGAUAGAUGCUCCAUGUGCAGGGGGCACCGGAUUUUCCCGCCUCACAGAGCUUGAUAGCAAUGAGGCCCAGAGUAAAAGACCGGAGGAACAAGAAGAGAAGAGGGAAGAAGUAGAGGUUCGCAGUCCAUUCCCAAUCCUCGUCUACAAUCUUCUCUUGGCAGAUAUGAUGGAAGCUGUUGCCUAUGCUCUCAGUAUUUACUGGGUAGCGAGCGAUGGUAUAAUCGCACCUUCUCCUGUUUGCUGGGCCCAGGGAUGGCUGGGCUCGACAAGUAACCUAGCCGCUAGUCUAUUCCUUUCAGCAAUAUCUGUGAACACUUUCCUGACCGUGGGCUUGGGAUACAAGCUACAGCCAUGGACUGUGUAUGCCACCGUUAUUGCUCUCUGGGUAUUCGAUUUUGGCAUCAAUGGUGCUGGAGUGAUAACCUCUGUGCUUCACCCGGCGACCCCUAAUGAGUCUUUCUUCAUGAGGGCUAAUGUCUGCGGAGAUUUCAGUAGUCGACAAUCGGAUUCCCGACGGCUGACCGGAUAUCACCCUGCAUUUCUCGUCUAUCCGUUUAUAUAUAUCGGGUGCAGUGUACCUCUCGUGGUUGGUCGUGUUACGUCUCUUCUAGGCAUUGAUCUUGGUAUUUACUAUUUCGCCUUUGCGGGAUCAAUUCUGGCCGCCAAUGGUCUUUUCAACUCUAUCUUGUGGAUAUCAACAAUACUCUUCAGCGCUCCACAAGACGUCUGCGACACAGGAUUGGACAGAUUCGCUUUCGUAAGAACACCUAUACGAGAUUUUGGUCACACAGUGGUUAUCAGUGGACCUUCCAGCACAAGAGUUCCUCUAGCGCAAAUCUCCCCAACGGAUAACAAGAAGGAUUGGUGGUGGUGGAGGCAUGGGGGUAUGAGGGGUUGGGGAAGGUCUUAUGCGAGUACGCAUGACAUGCGUAUAGUAAUUACAGUAAAGCUUACCAGUAUCUUCAUCCCAUCCCUUGAAUGGUAUCCUGUAAUGCGCACAAGAAUUAUUCUGCAGAUGAGUGGUUUACCCUCUCACGAAGGCGGCAUUUGCAAUGGUCGGAAGACUGGUGUCAGAUAUAUAGACAACCACUAA